CUCUUCUUCUCCUCACGAAAAAAACAGCAACAACAACAAAAAUGGUCAAAGCCCUAACAGUCCUUGCUUUCCUUGCCGCCCCUACCGCUUACGUUAUGGCUCAAGAUGCUUCUGUUCCUACCGAAAUCCCAAGUAAUAUCCCUACCGACGAUCCUGGUUUGCUCAGCAGCAUCGCCAGCUAUGCUAGUGAAAACGCUGGCGAAUUGUCGUCUGCCUACGAAUCCAUAAUGAGCGAGCUUCCUACUGACUACCAGAACAGUGUCAGCAGCAUUCUCGCUGAAGCUACUCAGGGUGCUCCCAGCGGUGGCAGCGACGGCGAAUCUGCUGGUAACAAGGUCACCCUUGGUGUUGCCAUGGCUGGUGCUGUCGGCUUUGUUGCUGCUGCAGGCAUGCUCCUCUAAACAACAACUCACAUAUAACACAGUAUAACAUCAUCCCCAGCCUCUUUUUUCCUCUGACCUCCUUGUCCUUCUAAACUUCUCGUUUCUUGUACAACAUCUCUUCGCGUAUUUCCCUUUUGAUUCAUUCUAUAGCCUGUAUCCUUAAUACAUAUAUUAUUGUUGGUAGUCUACCACGUAACUUCA